GUUCAGUCCGUUCCAUCAAUGGCUUGGGGAUGUCAAUGAGACACUCAUCCGAGGUCAAGUUAGGUACUGGCUGGCUUCACCGAUAGAGGCCGACUCGAGGAUGGUAGCGUUAAAGUAUCUAGCGGAUGAGGGCAUCAAGCACUACACGUUCGAGGGAAACAUAACGAAGAGUGUUGGGGUCUUCUUUGGUACAUUCGACCCGAUCCAUGAGAAUCACUGGGCUAUCGUAGAGUAUGCUCUCUCCAACAACCUGGUCACUUCCGUCCUAUUGGUCGCCAAUACUGAGAACAAUCCAUCAAAGCCGAAAGCGACUGACCUAGAGACUAGGCAAUGCUUGCUACGGGAAC